AUGUUAUUCCUCCAGUUGCAAAGGAGAGGUAAAAGAUUUCCAGACCUGGAUCAAGUUUAUAUCCUGCUAUCCAGUCUCCCACCAAGCUUUAAUAUUGUGAUAGCCUCUCUUGAAAGCAUGAGGCAAGAAGAUUUAUUGAUGGCGUAUCAGGAGGAAUCUGAAAAGCCCGUGGAAAAGCUGAGUAAGAAGGCAGACCAGAGGAGUUUGAGUCGCCCUGCUAACCAGAAACCCAGAUUCUCAGGAGGAGAUGGGACCGAAGAACGCCCCAUCGAUCGUGCCAUGCUGGCAAAGAAAUGCUAUCGGUGUGGCAAGCUUGGGCACAUGAAGAAAGAUUGCUGUGUGAAAAACCCAGGAAAAGCAAGCGAUCUACAUGAGACAGAAAAGCAGAUGCAUUUCAUCUUGGUAGCUGCAAGAAAAGAAAAGAAAAUUCCUCCAGACAGCUACAUUUUGGGCUCUGGCUCUGCCAGAAUCAUAAUGAACAACAACACUCAGCAAAUUGCCAAAAGGCAAGGACAGCAUUUGUCUAGCUGA